AUGAAAUUCGCCACAAGAAACGUCGAGACAACCUCUAGCUAUUCGUCUGAAUUGGAGAAGUUGGCAGACGCCUGGGUGGCUAACUGCAAAAUAGCCUUUCCUGAUGUAACGAAGCAGCCGGAAUAUAAAGGCCUCGGACAUAUUAUCACGGGUGGUUUGCCUGAAAAUGGCAAGUAUGUCACUAUCGUACUUGCACGCGAGUCACUGCAGACCGAGGCUGCACAGCAAGCACUCUAG